CAUUUGCUCGUCAAUCUAAAUCUAACCUAUUCUCAUACAAGCACUUGGUGCUUCAUGUAAAUCAACCAGACAUUCUGUCAUUCACCAGUAUCUCUCCAGUCUUCUAAAUCCAAGUGCUUUUUAUCCAAUGUUUCAUUUUAUUUGUAGAAGGAAAAUUUAAUGAAUGCAUUUUUUCUUCCCCCGAAUUGUUAAUACCAGAACACUGUAAAUCUGUUUAUUACCACAACAAGGAUAAAUGAUACGUCUGCCAAAGAUUUUUGAUAACGGGUGCAGUAAUGCAUUUCAGCACUUUCUGAAAUUAAAGGUCUGCCCUGAAAGAGAGAAUUUUGCCUUGAACUCAGAAAAAGAUCUGAAUAAAAAAUGGAAUUCUUAAAUCACAGGACCCAGAGAAACUGCUAGAAUUUACACCCAAAUUUCUACCUGAAUGAGUUUCUCCACCUUCUUAGUGAUUGUACACCUGCUUUCCUUAUAAGGAGAACAAGGAAGUGAAUCAUGUUGAAGUUGCUCUUAAGCAGGGCUUUUCUUCUUUACCUGUCCAGGUAGCCUCUGUUUUCAUUUCAGUCUUAAUGAAAACUUUUUUGUCCUUUCCAUCUAGAGUUUCUGUCCAAAGCAGUCGAGAACUGAAAACGAAUGGGGAUUGAAUUGCUUUGCCUGUUCUUUCUAUUUCUGGGAAGGAAUAACCAUGUUCAAGGGAACUGUGCUGUGGGUAAUGCAGAGACCUGUGAAGACUGUUUGCUCAUUGGACCACACUGCUCCUGGUGUUCUCAAGAGGACUUUACCCAUCCCUCUGGAAUUGGUGAAAGGUGUGAUACCCCAGAGAAUCUUUUGGCUAAAGGAUGUUUGCUGCAUGCCAUUGAAAAUCCUACUUCCACAAUAGAAAUACUUAGAAAUAAGCCGCUGAGUAUAGGAAGUCAGAAAAACAAUUCGGAUAUCAUACAAAUUUCACCCCAAAAAUUAGUUCUAAAAUUGCGACCAGGUAAUGAGAAAACAUUACAAGUCCAUGUUCGCCAGACUGAGGAUUAUCCAGUAGAUUUGUAUUACCUCAUGGAUCUCUCAGCUUCUAUGGAAGAUGACCUCAAUACAAUAAAGGAGUUGGGCUCCACAUUAUCCAAAGAGAUGUCUAAAUUAACAAGCAACUUCAAAUUGGGCUUUGGUUCCUUUGUAGAAAAACCAGUUUCUCCUUUUAUAAAGACAACACCUGAAGAAAUAGUGAAUCCUUGCAGUAGUGUUCCUCAUUUUUGCUUACCUACCUUUGGAUUUAAACACAUUCUACCACUGACAAGUGAUGCAGAAAAGUUCAAUGAAAUUGUGAAGAAACAGAAAAUUUCAGCAAAUAUUGACACUCCAGAGGGGGGAUUUGAUGCAAUUAUGCAAGCUGCUGUUUGUAAGGAACAAAUUGGGUGGAGAAAUGAUUCCCUCCAUCUUCUUGUGUUUGUGAGUGAUGCGGAUUCUCAUUUUGGAAUGGAUAGUAAAUUGGCUGGAAUCGUGAUUCCCAAUGAUGGAGUUUGCCACUUGGACAGCAAGAAUGAGUACUCCAUGUCAACUGUCCUGGAAUAUCCAACAAUUGGACAACUUAUAGAGAAAUUGGUGCAAAAUAAUGUUUUAUUGAUCUUUGCAGUGACAAAGGAGCAAGUUCAUUUAUAUGAGAAUUAUGCCAAACUUAUUCCUGGAGCUACAGUAGGGCUUCUUCAGAAAGACUCUGGAAACAUCCUUCAGUUGAUCAUCACAGCUUACAAAGAACUUCGAUCAGAAGUGGAAUUGGAGGUAUUGGGAGAUACAGAGGGACUCAGCCUAUCAUUCACUGCUAUCUGUAAUAAUAGCACUAUUUUCCCACAUCAAAAAAAAUGCUCUCACAUAAAAGUGGGAGGCACAGCAACAUUCAAUGUAACUGUAAGCCUAUCAACUUGUGAGAAAAGAAGCAGGCACAUCACCAUCAAGCCUGUGGGCCUGGCAGAUGCCCUAGAAAUUGAAAUUAGCCCCCAGUGCAGCUGCAACUGUCAAAAAGACAUGGAAGAGAACAGUUUCAGGUGUAGCGGAGGGAAGGGCUCCUUCCAGUGUGGAGUAUGCAUUUGUAAUCCUGGCUACAUGGGCCCUCUCUGUGAAUGCGAUGAGAAUGCCCUGAGCACCGACUCAUGUAGAGAUGCCCUGGGUCAUGCCUCCUGCAGCGGAAGGGGAGACUGCUACUGCGGCCAAUGCAUUUGUCAUCUGUCCACAUAUGGACAGGUUUAUGGGACCUACUGUGAAUGUGACAAUUUUUCCUGUGUGAGACAUAAAGGAUUGAUAUGUGGAGAUAAUGGACACUGCGACUGUGGAGAAUGUAUAUGCAACAGUGGAUGGACUGGUGAAUAUUGUAACUGUACCACCAGCACUGAUUCAUGCCUCUCAGAAGAUGGCAUGCUUUGCAGUGGAAGAGGGAACUGUACCUGUGGAAAAUGUGUGUGCACUAACCCUGGGGCCUCAGGUCCUACGUGUGAACAAUGCCCUACCUGUGGUGAUCCCUGUAAUUCUAAACGGAGCUGCAUCGAAUGUCAUUUAUCUCCUGAUGACCGGUCCAAAGCAGAAUGUGUUGAUAAAUGUAAACUAGUUGAUGCAAUCAUCAGUGAUGAAGAUUUCUCAAAGGAAAAUUCUGUCUCCUGCUCUUUGCAAGGGGAAAACGACUGCCUUAUUACAUUCCUGAUGACCACAAAUAAAGAGGGAAGAACAAUCCUUCAUAGCAUAAACCAGAAAGAUUGUCCCAAGCUUCCCAACAUUCCGAUGAUCAUGUUGGGAGUAUCUCUUGCCAUUCUUCUUAUUGGGGUGGUCCUGCUUUGCAUAUGGAAGCUGCUAGUAUCAUUUCAUGAUCGUAAAGAAGUUGCCAAAUUUGAAGCUGAAAGAUCAAAAGCCAAAUGGCAAACGGGAACCAACCCACUGUACCGAGGCUCCACAAGUACAUUUAAAAAUGUAACAUAUAAACACCAGGAAAAACAAAAGAGAGACAUUACUGCAGAUUUCCAUUAGCAGUUCAUGCACUGGAAAAGUCUGUUUCACUGAUAGAAAAUGUCAACUGCACGAUUUAAUUUUUAUUUCUUUGUUGCUAUAAAUUGAGGUUUGCUCAAGAUAGUAAUAGGUCAUUUCGAGAUCAGCCUUCUUUGGGAGAAGGUUAGCCACUGAUGCCUGCCAGGUUCAAAAUAAUUAAGAAAAGGAGUAUCAACAACAAAGACUUGACUUUGGGGAUCAUGUUAAUGAAUACAAAACCUAUUGCAUUUAUGCCUAGGGGAAAAAAAUUCUCAGGAUGAAGUAUCUGUGAUCUAAUUUGCAUGUGAAAAAAAUAUGAAGAAUUAGAAUUUCAUUUGUUUUAGAAAUAUUCUCUUGUCUUAGCAAAAUCACAGAACCUUGCAAAUACAUAUUCACUCAACACAGAUGCAUACAUAUUUCUAAAUAGUAUCCUCAUUCUUAGAGGAAGACCAAAUGCACUUAUAAAUGGAGUGUUUGGGUAAUUAUUCCAGUGGCAAUUGAUUGUAUAUUAUUCCAAUUAACAAGGAAUUAUUCUCAAAAUAUCAAAAGCUGUAAGACUGCAGAUGAAGUCAACCAGAAUAAUUUGGAUUUAAAUGGUUAGGAUUUUUAUUCAUUUUAUCCAUAAAGAAAGGAAGAUAUAUAAUUUAGAAAUUAAGAAGUCACUAGAAAGUAAGAUUGAGAUAGAGGUCAACAGAGAGAGAGAGAGAAACAAAGAUAGAAACAGAGAUAGAGGGAGAAAUAAAGAGGCCCUAGUGUUUAGUUAACAUAUUAAACUAUUAAAGACUACAAAAUCCUCACCUUCUGUACAACUCAGGUUUUCUCCCCUAUUCUCCUAAAUCUUUGCGGGGAGGGAGGUGGAGAAAGAAAAAUUACUUAUCUUGAGUGUCAGAUAACUGGAAGAGAACUCUAAUAAUAUAAAAAAGGAGGCAUGAGUUUUACAGGAUAAAAUCCAAAGUGGUUUUUAAUCAAACAUAGUCCUCAAUAAAUUAUGUUUUCUUUAUCAGUUGACUUAUCACAUCUGUCUUAAUCUAUAAAUUUGAUCUGGUAGAUCAAAAUAAGCUAUUCAAAACUUUUUUUUUUUUUACUUUGCAUCUGAGAAAUAUAUUUGUCUGUUUAGAGAUAUGUAUGGAUUAGUCACAGAUGUGAAGAUCUCUAUAGUUUUCCUAAAACAAUGAUAGAUUAUUUCAGUUGAGUGAAAGGUAGAAUAUAUGAAAAUGUAUAGGAGAAUAAUGAAAUAGCAUUAGAGCCAAAUCCCACUGAAAUACAGAGAAGGUACUGUAGGCACCUCUUGUGCAAUGUUAAUUACCAGCAGUUUAACCAUAAAGUAAAGCAGUUUACUAGGUUAAUAGUUUGUCCAUUAUCUAAUAGAACAGGUUAUUGAGGCUUCCUGACCCUGGGUGUGUUAGAAUUUGUCUCAGUGCCCCAGGCAAAGGCAAUAAAUUACCAAUGUGAUUAGGGCCUGCCCUUCUGUGGUGGCAGUGUGGGAAGAGAAAAUUAGGCACAUAUAAGAGAGAUGCUUGCCUAGUAGAAUUGACAGGAUUUAGCCAUUGAUUGGAUGUGGGAAGGGAUAUGGUGGGAGAAAAUGAAGAUGACAGUUCUAAUUGUGUAUUAGUAGAGAAAGUUGCUCACCUGCAGAAACAGAAAAAAUAAUUAGUCACUGGAAUAUCAACUGUUAACUAGUUAUGAGUUUCUUGUUCCUUUGAUACAUCUUGUUAUGUUACCUAGUGACUUCUUCCUAUGUUACAUUGCUAAAUCCAUUACAAAAUUAUUGGAGGCCUUAUGAAACAGUAACCUGAGAAAAUUGAUGUACUUCAGUAAGCACAUAGUAAGCACUUAAUUAAUGCCUUUUCCCUCAUUCAUUCAAUGUCUAGUUUCCUGACUUAAAGAUUGACUUAGCAUCUGGGGAAAACCUGGUUCAGUCUGUAUGUGAGUUAUAUUACUGAUUACACAUCAAUAUUUACACGUGAUUUACUGUUUUAAAGAUAUUUUUGCAUUCAUUACUGGGAAGGUACUUUAGAAAACUUUGAGGAGUGUAUGUGUUUAUCUAUGUGUGGACAUGUGUGAAUGUGCAUGUGUAUUUGUGUAUUUGUAUUAGGGAGGAUAGAAUAAAAUCUUUCUGCUAUUUCCAAAUAUUGUUUUGUCCCAAGGCUGGUCCUUGAAAAAGCCAAAACAUUAAAAGAAGUACUUCUGUUCACUGAAGAGUUAAGUUACAUGAAAGUAGUUUUUAUUGUUGUAGCAAUUUUUUUGUGUUUUUGUGUUGACCUAAAUAAACAUGGUAAUUUAAACAAUGAA